AUGGCGAGGAAGCUUAGUGUAUUGCAAGUCCUUCUGAUCAUCUUCAUCCUAAUUGUAUUGGCCGUAGAUAUCCUCUUGCUGCUUUUUGUGUUGGAGAACCCUUCAGAUACUUCAUUUAUUCCGGAGUGCCCAGAAACCCCUGAAUCAGAAAGGAUAGACUGCACCCCUGGCCAGGCGGUGACAGAGGAAGCCUGCAGAUGGAAAUAUAAGUGCUGCUGGAAGUCUGUGCCAGAUACUGAUGUCCCCUGGUGCUUCUUCCCCAGGAACUGGGGCUAUGAAGUCAGCAAUUGGGUUACAAAUAGAAGCACAGUGUACACUGCCCAGUUGAGAAGGUUGCCAUCCCCAUCUCUGUUUGGACAUGAUAUAAUCGACACCCUCUUCAGAGCUGAAUAUCAGACAUCCAAUCGUUUUCAUUUUAAGAUCACUGAUUUCAACUACAUGUGCUAUGAAGUCCCCCAUGAAAAUGUUAAGCUGUUUGAUGGGACUGCCGAUACCUCCAAUUUGAGCUAUCACAUAGAAGUCAUUCAUAAACCCUUCAGCAUCAAAAUAAUGAGGACCAGCAACAAAAGAGUCUUGUUGGACACCGGCCUCGGGCCCCUCCUUGCCCAGCAGUUCCUGCAGCUCUCCAUCCGACUGCCCAGCGCCACCGUGUACGGGCUGGGAGGACACGUGCACCAGCAGCACGGGCACAACGUGGCCUGGAGGACCUGGCCCAUCUUCAGCCGGGAUGCCGCCCCCCCCGAGGGCAUGAUUAAUCUGUACGGAGCUCACACAUUCUUCUUGUGCCUUGAAGACACCCGUGGCUCCUCUUUCAGGCUUUUUCUGAUGAACGCAUCCAAGCUCUCAAGUUACAAGGAUGAACAAGAUCCAGUCCCUACCUCAAGUUCUUCCCAAUACCUUAUAACACGCCUCUAUCAGGAUGAAAAGGAUGUCCAGUACUCUGACAUAGACUACAUGGAUGGAAAGAAGGAUUACACUACUGAUGGAGUGGCUUUCCAUGGUCUCUCAGAUUUUGCCAACGAGUUACAUAAAUAUGGACUGAAAUACAUAAUUAUUAUGAAUCCUGGCAUCUUAAAUAACAUUGACUACCAGCCUUAUGUGAAUAGAAGUAAAAGGAGAGUGUGGAUCUUGGGGGACAAAGGCUUUGUCGUUGGACGGGGGUAUCCUGGAUGGACAGUUUUUCCUGAUUUCACUAAUCCAGUUAGUACUGAGUGGUGGAGAGAGCAGUUCAGUGAAUUUUAUAAAGCUCUGGAAUUUGAUGGAGUGUGGAUUGAAAUGGAUGAAGUAUCUAGCUUUCUCCAAAAUUCUGAUCAUGAGUGUGAAGUAAACUACUUGAACUUUCCUCCUUUCAUUCCUCGCGUUCUGGACGGCUUGCUUUUGGCAAGAACCCUCUGCAUGGACACAGAGUUUCAAGGGGGCUUCCCCUAUGAUGUCCACAGCUUGUAUGGCUACACCAUGGGAAGAGCCACAGACUCGGCCAUGGAGAAUAUCUUCCCCAAGAAAAGAAAAUUCAUCUUAUCCCGUUCUACUUUUGCUGGAUCUGGCAAAUAUGCUGCUCAUUGGCUGGGGGACAACGCGGCCCGAUGGGAUGAUCUCCGAUGGUUCAUCCCCGGUAUCCUGGAGUUCAACCUAUUCGGCAUCCCUAUGGUAGGUGCCAACAUCUGUGGUUAUACAGAAAAUGUCACAGAGGAACUCUGCAGAAGGUGGAUGCAGCUUGGAGCAUUUUAUCCACUCUCGAGGAAUCACAAUGGGCCUGGGUUCAGGGACCAGGAUCCUGCUGACUUUAGUGAAAACAACUAUAUGCUGUUGAAUUCCUCCAGACACUAUCUGAACAUCCGCUACACCCUGCUACCCUAUCUCUACACCCUUUUCUACCGAGCUCAUACCCUGGGGGAGACCGUAGCAAGGCCCCUCGUCCAUGAGUUCUACCAGGACCCAGCUACCUUGGAGGUGCACGAGCAGUUCCUCUGGGGGCCUGGACUCCUCAUCACGCCUGUUUUAUACAAAGGUGUGGACCACACAAAAGCACAUAUACUCUGGUGCGACUAUGAAACGGGAGUAGCCAUAGAAUGGAGGAAACAGUUUGUGGAGAUGCUACUGCCAGGUGAUAGGAUAGGACUUCACCUGUGAGGGGGCUACAUCUUUCCCACCCAGCAACCAAACACAACCGCAGAGACCAGUCGGAAGAAUACCACGGGACUCAUCAUUGCCUUGGACUAUAAGAGAGAAGCAAAGGGAGAGCUGUACUGGGAUGAUGGUGUCUCUAAAGAUGCUGUAACUAAAAAGAAUUAUAUUCUGUAUGAUUUUUCUGUCACCUCUGUAAACCGUGUACAGGCAAAGAUUAUAAAUAAUAAUUAUAUGGACCCUGACAACCUCACAUUUACAGCAAAAAGCUCCAGCACUGCGAUUUGGGACUCCCAGCUCCCCGGCUUCACCUUCAAUGACAUGUUCCUUUCCAUCUCCACGCGCCUCCCCUCUCAGUACCUCUAUGGCUUUGGGGAAACGGAGCACACAACUUUCAGAAGAAACAUAAGCUGGAACACGUGAGGAAUGUUUGCCUGAGAUGAGCCACCAGCGUACAAGAAGAAUUCCUAUGGUGUCCACCCCUACUACAUGGCACUGGAGGAGGAUGGCAAUGACCAUGGAGUGCUCCUGCUGAACUGUAAUGCCAUGGAUGUGGCAUUCCAGCCUACUCCUGCCUUGACAUACCACACCACAGGAGGGAUUUUGGACUUUUAUAUGGUUUGGGGGCCAACCCCUGAGCUUGUAACUCAGCAAUACAAGGAGUUGAUUGGUUGGCCAGCAAUGAUUCCCUACUGGGCCCUGGGAUUCCAGCUGAGUCGCUAUGGAUACCAGAAUGAUGCUGAAAUCUCCAAUUUGUAUAAUGCAAUGAUGGCAGCUCAGAUUCCCUACCAUGUCCAGCAUGUAGACAUCGAUUACAUGGACCGCAAGCUGGACUUCACCCUCAGCCCCAGCUUUCAAAAUCUUGGCCUCGUGAUUGAGCAAAUGAAGAAAAAUGGUGUGAGAUUUGUUCUUAUUCUGGAUCCAGCCAUUUCUGACAAUGAGACCCAGUAUCUCCCAUUCACCAGAGGGCAGGAAAACAACGUGUUCAUCAAAUGGCCAGACAACAGUGAUAUUGUCUGGGGAAAGGUUUGGACAGAUCUGCCCAAUGUGAAUGUGGAUGGAUCCCUUGACCAUGAACCUCAGGUUAAGCUGUACAGAGCCCAUGUUGCUUUUCCUGACUUCUUGCGCAAUAGCACGGCUGCCUGGUGAAAGAAGGAAAUAGAAGAGUUCUACAGAAACCCUCGAGAGCCAGAGAAGAAGCCUUCAAGCCUGAAGUCUGAUGGACUGUGGAUUGACAUGAAUGAACCAUCAAACUUUGUGAGUGGAUCUGUCAGGGGCUGCAGUGAUGACAUUCUUAAUAAUCCACCCUAUGUGCCACAUUUGGAAUCCAAGGACAGGGGCCUGAGCAGCAAGACCCUGUGCACGGAGAGUCAGCAGCUCCUGCCUGACGGCUCCCCGGUGCGGCACUAUGACACGCACAGCCUGUACGGGUGGGCCCAGACCAGACCCACGUGCGAAGCUGUGCUGGAGGUGACGGGACAGCGAGGGAUCGUCAUCACUCGCUCCACCUUCCCCUCUUCUGGCCGCUGGGGGGGAUGCUGGCUGGGUGACAGCAUGGCCGUGUGGGACCCACUGAAGAAAUCUGUCAUUGGCAUGAUGGAGUUCAGUCUCUUUGAAAUCUCUUAUACAGGAGCAGACAUUUGCGGAUUCUUUGGAGAUGCUGAGUAUGAGAUGUGUGUUCGCUGGAUGCAGCUGGGGGCGUUUUAUCCAUCUUCCGGGAACCACAACACAUUCGGGACAAGGAGACAAGAUCCUGUGGCCUGGGACUCAAACUUUGAGAUGUUGUCAAGAAAAGUCCUCCAGACCAGAUACACCCUGCUGCCUUACCUCUAUACUCUGAUGCGUAAAGCUCACGUUGAGGGCAGCGCUGUUGUCCGACCCCUUCUCCAUGAGUUUACAGAAGAUCGCACAACAUGGGAUAUAGACCAUCAGUUCAUGCUGGGCCCUGCCAUCUUAAUCAGCCCUGUGCUGGAAAAUAACACUUUUCAGGUCUAUGCUUAUUUUCCCAGAGCCCGUUGGUAUGACUAUAGCACGGUAAGAACCAACAUUGUUUGAAUCUGGCAUGAAUCGGCCGGUGAGUGGAAAAUCCUGGAGGCUCCCCUUGACCAUAUCAACCUUCAUAUCAGAGGAGGCUACAUCGUGCCUUGGCAAGAACCUGCGAUGAACACUCACUCCAGCCGACAAAAAUAUAUGGGAUUGAUUGUUGCUUUGGAUGACAAUGGGAGAGCUGAAGGUCAGCUGUUCUGGGAUGAUGGACAAAGCAUUGAUACCUAUGAAAAUAGAAACUACUUGGCAAACUUUAUAGCAGCUCAGAACAUAUUGCAAAUCCAGACUGUACACAAUAAGUAUCUGAGUGACUCUAAUUCACUGAAAGUUGGAUAUACUAGAAUCUGGGGCAUAAACCCUACUUACGUAACACAAGUCACUUCCACCUACGACAACCAACAAUUCACAGUGAUAAAUUUCAAGAGUGACCCAUACAAUCAGACACUAACUAUUCAAUUGACUGAUAAGAUUAUCAGCCUGGAAAAGUUAACUGAGGUUGCUUGGAUUCACGGUGGUCCUAUAGUUUCUACUACACCUAUGACAAAUACCUUCCCAAUGAGUUCUUUAUAUCCUUCUACUACUAAGCCUACUACUUCUGAGACUAUUAACACUAGUUCUUCUACUUCAAGUACUAUUACUGAAUGCACUACUGUUACUCUUCCUGUCACAACCAUGCCUUUCCCAACAAGUGCUGCUGAAGUUUCAACUGGUACUACUCUUCCUAAUACCACUACAUCUUCCCCUACAAAUACUACUGCUGAUAGCACUAAUGUUACUCUUCCUGUCACAACCACUCCUUUCCCAACAAGCGCUGCUGAAGUUUCAACUGGUACUACUGUUCCUAAUACCAUUACAUCUUCCCCUGCAAAUACUACUACUGAUAGCACUAAUGUUACUCUUCCUGUCACAACCACUCCUUUCCCAGCAAACACUAUUGAAGUUUCAACUGGUACUAUGGUUCCUAAUAACACUACAUCUUCCCCUACAAAUACUACUGCUGAUAGCACUAAUGUUACUCUUCCUGUCACAAACAUGCCUUUCCUAACAAGUGCUGCUGAAGCUACAACUGUGUAUCAUUAG